GCGAGCGAAGGAGAGGACAUGCUCCGACUACCUGCUCACCCACGUGCACUUAUAUAAUGCGUUGGCUAAAAAUAUGAUACUAGCGAUAAACGAAAAAUAUGCGAUCUCGACAGUGUCUUUAGUGCAUCGGACAGCAGUGACAGCGCCGCGAGUGAAAAUCUUAUCGAAAUAAAGGGAGAACGAGUCGUUCUACCCGGCGGCAUUCAUAUUCACGCGGGUCAUCCUCCGUCACCAGAUCGUCGACGUCGUCGGCGCGUCCCCAGGUGGCGUGCCACUUGGAUCGAACUUCGUACCGCCGUUAACAUCGUUAGCUCUCGAACGACCUCCUCCGCUGUUUGCCUCUUACCUCCCCAUCGCCCCUUGCACCCAGUAUUCGCUCAUCGCUGCGAUCGCUGGGCGCCGAGUGACGUCGAGCGACGCGGUGUGCGUGCGUUGUGUGCGUAAUUUCGUAUUCCGUGUCGAUUUUCGUUCGACUCGCCUCGAUAUCGCGCGUGCGCAGGCGCGCGCAUCCCGCCACGCUACGCGUAUAUUACAGUUUCUACGGAGUCGAGGAGUCGAGGACGGUCGAGGAGCAGAAGAGUCGGCCGCACCGGAGUUAGAUCCGCUCCGGAGGAAUUUCGCGCGGCGAUGAGCGACGCGAGGUAGAGAAAAACGCAAACGAAGGGGGAAAAAAGCGGACGCUGAUUAAUCAGCGAAAGAGAGAGAGAGAGAGAGAGAGAGAGAGAGAGAGAGAGAGAGAGAGAGAGGGAGACAGAGAGCGGCGCCGCAAGUUCCCUUUCGUCGGAAGAAAAGAGAGAGGGUCAAGAGGGCAAGGAAGGGGAGGAGCAGGGUAACCAAACAUGUCGCAUCUGAGGAACGCGAUGAUCGCCGGCAGCUGGCCGACGAAGACGAUGUCGGUGACAGCAUCGGUGGCGGCGACAUCAGCGGCGAGACAAAGUGCCGGCAGCGGCGGCGGGGCGUUGAUUGGUCGAGGGGUAGGGAUGGUGGACGCGUCGCCGGUGUCCUCCGCACCGAUGCUACUCCAGCCGGUUAUUCCGUGUCGCGGCAUGGCAUCGAGCGCAGCGACGGCGGCGGCAACGGCGAGCCCGUGCGGCAAGGUCCUCACCGAGGACAACGUCUUCGUGAACCUGCGCAAGAUGGAGUACGCGGUGCGCGGGCCGCUGCUCAUCAGGGCGCUGGAGAUCGAGAAGGAGCUGCAAAAGGGCGUUAAAAAACCCUUCAAGGAGGUAAUCAAAGCGAAUGUGGGCGAUGCCCACGCGAUGGGUCAGCAGCCUAUCACGUUCCUGCGGCAAGUACUCACCCUGACAGUCUCGCCGAAUCUGUUGAACGAUCCGAGCUACCCGGAAGACGCGAAGGAUCGCGCCAGGUUGGUCCUGGGAGGUUGCAAGGGCGGCAGCGUUGGCUCGUAUUCGGAAUCGGCCGGCAUCGAGUGUGUUCGCAAGCAUGUUGCACAGUACAUUCAGGAACGCGAUGGCGGUAUCCCUUGCGAUUACCACAACGUCAUCCUCUCGAACGGUGCUUCUGAUGGUAUCAAGUCAUUCCUAAAACUAUUCAACGAAAGAAUCAACGAUAAACCAUCUGGCGUGCUGAUCCCAAUUCCGCAGUAUCCUCUGUACUCGGCGACCUUGGCGGAGUUUGGACUCGCUCAAAUCGGGUACUAUCUGGAUGAGGAUAACAAGUGGUCGCUAGAAGUCCGCGAGCUGGAACGAGCAUUAAGAGAAGUCAAGGAUACGUGUAAUCCUCGCGUAUUGGUGGUGAUCAAUCCCGGUAAUCCAACCGGCCAAGUAUUGACUCGCAAGAACAUCGAAAAUGUCAUCCGCUUCGCCCAUAAACAUCAUCUAUUCUUGCUGGCCGAUGAGGUUUACCAAGACAACAUAUACGACAAAGACAGCGCAUUCCAUUCCUUCAAGAAAGUCAUGACGGAGAUGGGCGAGCCGUAUUCGAAGAUGGAACUUGCAUCGUUUAUGUCCAUCUCGAAAGGAUAUAUGGGUGAGUGCGGGAUCCGUGGCGGUUACGCCGAAAUCAUCAACAUGGACCCGGAAGUGAUGAAGGUGCUAUUGAAGUCGAUCUCUGCGAUGCUGUGUCCUACUGUGCUCGGCCAGGUCGUGAUGGAUGUUGUGGUGAAUCCGCCGCGACCGAAUGAGCCAUCGUAUGAGGAAUUCCAGAAAGAAAAGAAAGAAACUCUACGUUCUCUAGCAGAGAGAUCGCAGCUCGUCGUCGACACACUCAAUAGUAUUCCAGGAUUUAAGGCGAAUCCGCCGAUGGGCGCGAUGUAUGUGUUCCCGCGUUUCGAGUUGCCGCUAAAAGCGAUUGAGGCGGCGCGAGCGAAAGGUCAAGAACCAGACGUCUUCUACGCAUUCAAACUGCUGGAGAGCACCGGGAUUUGUGUAAUCCCAGGCUCGGGCUUCGGCCAGAUACCCGGUACACACCAUUUCCGGACCACCAUACUGCCGCAAAAAGAGAAAAUGAAAACAAUGCUCGAAGCACUGAAGCAAUUCCACAUCAAGUUCCUUAAGGAAUACAGUUAAAUAUAAUUAUAUUUUUGGUU